AUGGCUUCCCCUCCAAAACCCUGGGAAAGGGCCGGUGCUACAACAACAGCUGCCCCAAAUUUGCUAACAACAACUCCAGCAGCGGUCCCGACUACCGCCUCAUUUGCGAGCCCGUCACCGGCAACCUCCCUCGCCUCCUCCGGCAGUACCCCGCCCGUGGUCCCCGAGCGACCGGCUUCCCUCAACGCUGCCGUCAACCAGAACGCCGCUGCUUACAGUAGCGGUGUCGGUGCGACGAACAGCCCUUACGGAACCUACGGUGGCGCCUACUCCUCGCCCUACAGCAGUCCCUACUCUAGGAUGGGUUCCUACGGCGGAUACGGCGGAGGCAUGUAUGGCGGCUACGGCGGCAUGGGCGGCGGCAUGUACGGCGGGGGUAUGUACGGCGGCAUGGGAGGUUAUGGAGGCAUGGGGAUGGGUGGAAUGCCCAACGACCCGAAUAGUUUGACGAACCGAUUCAAUAACAGCACCCAAGCGACGUUCCAGAUGCUCGAGGGCAUCGUCGGUGCCUUCGGAGGCUUUGCUCAGAUGUUGGAAAGUACAUACAUGGCCACACACUCGAGCUUCUUCGCCAUGGUAUCGGUAGCCGAGCAGUUCAGCAACCUGAGAGAUACUCUGGGCUCGAUCCUCGGCAUCUUUACCUUGAUGCGCUGGAUCCGCACACUCAUCGCCAAGAUCACCGGCCGUCCACCCCCGGCUGAUGCGACAGCGCUUACACCGGCAGCCUUUGCCAAGUUCGAGGGCCGUCAGCCCAUCGGUCCCGACGGCGCUCCUCUGGGACCUCCCAAGGCCUCCCGCAAGCCGCUCUUCUUCUUCCUUCUUGCCGCGUUCGGUCUUCCGUACCUCAUGCGCAAAAUGAUCAACACCAUGGCUGCCUCGGCAGAGGAAGAGGAAAGGCGUCGCAUGGCAAUGGCUGGCGAGCAACAACCUCUAGACCCCUCCAAGCUCGACUACUGUCGUCUUCUCUACGACUACACCCCUCAGCCCGGCAAUGCCGUAAAGGACGUCGACAUGGCCGUGCGCAAGGGUGACCUCGUCGCGGUCCUUUCCAAGAGCGAUCCUAUGGGCAAUCCUAGUGAGUGGUGGAGGUGUCGCGCCCGUGAUGGCCGUCAGGGAUACCUCCCAUCGACCUACCUCGAGGUCAUCAAGCGGCCUGGCCAGCCUCUGGCCGCCAUCAAGGCCGCCCCUAGCGACAGCAGUCGAACCAACUCGCUGACUAGUGCCGUUCUGGAGAAGGCACCAGAAGUCAAGUCGAAGAUUGGCGACGUGUCACCAGAGAGCUUCCAGAAGAGCGUAUUUUAUAACUAA